GAGGAGGCCACAGGAUAUUGAAACCACCAACCAAACUGCCGCAUCUUCUCAAUUCCCUCCCUUCUCAGCCUCUCUUCCUCUUACUCUUGCUCUUGCUCUUGAAUUGUAUCGUACGUAGGUUAGGUUAGGUUGCCAAUCUGAUUUGGGUUUGGGAAUGACAAAGGUAUACCCAAAUGCCACUGCUCCUGUUUCGGAGAAGCCGAAGUUGAAGCUGAAUGCUUCCCCAACUUCGACUUUAACUCCAACUUCAGAUGACAACUCUGUGGUGGUCCUAACCGUGUGGAAGAAAUCGCUGCUUUUCAACUGCGAUGGUUUUACAGUGUUCAACGCCCACGGCAAUCUUGUCUUUCGUGUUGACAAUUACUCUGCCGCCACCAAGGCUGAGAUUAUUCUUAUGGACCCCUCCGGCAAGUCCCUCCUCACCAUCCGCCGCAAGAGGCUGAGCCUAUCGGGCAAGUGGCUGAUGUAUGAAGGAGAGACAGCAGUCAAUCCUAUACUGUCAGCGAGGAAGCACGUGAACCUCCUAAAUACAAAGUCAUUAGCUCGCGUGAGCUCAUGUUGCAGCAGCGGAACUGGAACUACUGGAUCAUCAUCAUCGUCAUCGUCGCCUUCAAAUUCAAUUAAGAACGUGAUGAUAUACGAGAUAGAGGGAUCGUACACACAAAGAUGCUGUGCGGUGUACGACGGAAAGAGGAGGCGAGUGGCGGAGAUCAAGCGCAAGGAAGCCGUGGGAGGGGUGGAUUUUGGCAUGGACGUAUUCCGCCUCAUUGUAAAACAGCCUGAAAUCGACUCAAGUGUAGCGAUGGCCGUUGUCAUCCUGCUCGACCAGAUGUUUGGAUCUUCCAAAC